AUGAAUGACCGUCUCUCCCCUGAAGAACUAAAGGCAGCAGAACGAGCUAUUCUUCGAUGUCUCCAGAAAAGGCAUUACAGCAACGAGGUCAACGCCUUGAGAUCAAAUGCACGCAUCACGAAGCAGAGUUCAAUAUUUGAACUAGACCCAUAUCUGGACGAAGACCAGCUCCUGAGAGUGACGGGACGUUUGAAGAAUGCUUCGAUUCCUGACCCAGCCAAGCAUCCAGUGAUUGUGCCGAGAGAUGACCACGUAACAACACUCAUCGUACGAGAUGCGCACGAGCGGCUUUGCAGGCACUCCGGCAGAGAACACGUUAUGGCGAAUUUACGGCAGAACUACUGGAUUCCACAGGCCCGUCAGCUGGUGAAAAGAGUUCUCAGAGACUGCAUUGUUUGCAAAGUGCUUCACGGCAAGCUGGGGCAGCAGAAGAUGGCAGAUCUCCCGCCUGAACGAGUGACACCAUCAAAGUAUCCCUUCCAGUGUCUGGGUGUUGACGUUUUUGGUCCCUUUUACGUUAAGAGGGGACGUUCUCAAGAGAAGCGCUAUGGAUGUAUGUUUACCUGCCUGUCAAUGCGAGCGAUUCAUCUAGAGAAGCUUUCGUCCAUGGACACAGACUUCUUCAUCAACGCCCUAAUCCGAUUCUGUGCAAGACGAGGAGUUCCAAAGCUGAUCCGGUCCGACAAUGGCACCAACUUUGUCGGCGCAAACCGUGUGCUGCGAGAAUCGAUUGCCCAGUGGAAUGAGAGUCAUCGCCUUAAAGAAUACUUGCUGCAGAACCACAUUGAUUGGACCUUCAAUACCCCUACAGCGUCGAAUAUGGGCGGUGUCUGGGAGCGCAACAUCCGAACUGCCCGGAAGGUGAUGAACUCCAUACUACUAAAGCAGUCCCUCGAUGAUGAACGCUUGGAUACGAUAUUUGCCGAAGUUGAAAACGUCGUGAAUAGCCGUCCGCUGACUGUCGUCUCCAACGAUCCCAAAGACCAACUCCCGCUAACACCGAAUGAUUUGCUGCGUCCUUUUGGAAAGGGAUUCCCUUCGCCAAUCGGAACCUUUGGAAAGGCUGACAUGUUCGGAAAACGGUGGAGACAUGUCCAAUUCGUCGUCGAUCAGUUUUGGAAGAGAUGGACCGCUGAAUACCUCUCUGCUCUUCAAGUCCGAUCAAAGUGGAUUGCCGAACAGCCGAAUAUACGCGUAAACGAUUUGGUCUUAGUUCUCGACCAGUCUUUAGCAAGAUCUCACUGGCCGUUAGCACGAGUCACCGAUACGUUCCCCGUGAAAGACGGAUUGGUACGUUCUGUGGAGCUGAAGACAGCCUUUACCGAUAAGAUGGUGCGGCCGAUCAACAAAAUCGUUUUGCUGGAGGCAACUGCGGAUGAUCACAACCAGGAUUAA